AUGUUUUCUAGUUUUGGUUCAUCAUUUGGGUUCGGAUCCCCACCGCCAAUGAAUAAUAAAUUUGAAGAGUAUUUUCGAUGUUAUCCGGUUUCAAUGAUGCCAGAAUUAAUAAGAAAGGAUGAUGCCAAUUAUGGAGGCAAAAUAUUCUUACCACCAUCAGCAUUAAACAAAUUGACCAUGUUACAUAUAAGAUACCCUAUGUUAUUUGAAUUAAAGAAUGAACAAAAUGAUAAAUUGACCCAUUCUGGUGUUUUAGAAUUCAUUGCUGAAGAAGGAAGAACCUAUUUACCCCAAUGGAUGAUGAGUACAUUACAAUUAUCACCUGGAUCUUUAAUUAAAAUAACUAAUUGUGAUUUGAGCUUGGGGAAGUUUGUUAAGAUUGAACCACAAAGUGUUGAUUUCUUGGAUAUAAGUGAUCCAAAAGCCGUUUUGGAAAAUGUGUUGAGAAAAUUCUCCACAUUAACAGUAAAUGAUAUAAUUGAAGUUAAUUAUAAUGACACUAUAUAUGGUAUCAAAGUUUUGGAAGUUAAACCAGAUAACACUUCACAAGGUAUUUGUGUGGUUGAGACAGACUUAGAAACAGACUUUGCUCCUCCGGUAGGAUAUGUUGAACCGGAAUAUAAACCAAAAGCAAUUAAGCCAGAGACAACACCAAUAGACCCUUCAAAAGUCAGUAGAGGCGCAGGUGCAGCAACAAUGGCUAAAUCUAUUAAUUAUGCUAAAUUAGUUGCUGAUUCAGGUAAAGUGGAGAAGUUUACAGGUAGUGGUCAAAAAUUGUCCGGGAAGACUGUGGAGACAAAAAAAGAUGAGGAAACCAACAAAUCAUAUAAUAUUGAUGAUUUAGACCCUAAUGCACCUCCUGUUCCAUUGAAUUUACCAGAGAACCAAUUAUUUUUUGGAUUCCCUGUGGUGUUGCCUACACCAGAAGAACUGGAAGAAGGAGCUAAUGACGAGUUUAAGAAGAAACAGGAAGCAUUUUCUGGGUCUGGCCAGUCUUUGAGACAAAGCAAGAAGCGUAAAGAUAAGAGCACAAAUUAUCCUUCACUAAAGAAUCAUUCAAGAAGUCCAGACGUCAUAGAAAUUGAUUGA